AGUGUGAGAGUGCACACUCACACAGCCUCUCCACAGAGCGUAUAAUGAACACAGGACGACAGAGGAGAGACAUGCAUCUGUAGCCUCAGGAAAGUUUCUGCUGUGCGUGAAAGACAGACUGAGACCAUCGGCUAGAGGAGGACAGGACAGGGCUAUGGGAGAGAGAGGAUUUCAACAGCCAAUUAAGAGGUCUGAACAGAGACUACAACAUAAGGACACAAGUCUCUGACCUCUGACCUUCAACAGAUGGACAUGCUCCUCUGACUGUCGAGCUAAGAAGCUUUCAGAAUGCCCAAAAUGGAAUUCUGAAGAUUUUCUGUGAUACUUUCCCCUGACCUUAAAGUUUUAUACUUCAGGGGGUAUGCGUCUGUUCUGCCACUUUCUGCAGCCUGGCUCCCUUUAAGUGGCAAAUUGCACGAUGACGGGCAGGUUGAGUGUGUCUGCCUCCAGAAAUAAAGUGAGACCUUGACGAACAUGGCCGUGAAUGUUUGCGCUGAUGAAGAGUCACGGAUGCAUCAUACACAGUGCCAGAAUACGAGCGCUACACACACUGACGUCAGCCGUCACGUCCCAUUCAGUGCAGGACUUGAUAGGCCUUUUGCAAGAUGCUGACUGCAGGCCGGCUGCAGAACCCGGGGGCACCAUGGUGGGUAAUGUGACACCUGCCAGCGGCAGCAGGAACAGUGGUAGCGACAAAGGCCCAGGGGAAGACGCUGAGCACUACAACUACCUGGCGCUGGCGUGCGGAAUCCCCCUCAUCCUCAUCAUCAUCCUGGGCAACGUGCUGGUGUGUCUGAGUGUGCUGACUGAGCGUUCGCUCAAGACUGCCACGAACUACUUCAUUGUCAGCCUGGCGGUGGCUGACCUUUUGCUGGCUGUGCUGGUGCUGCCACUCUACGUAUACUCAGAGUUCCUUGGUGGAAAGUGGACUCUAAGUAUGUACAUUUGUGAUGCACUGAUGACCAUGGAUGUGAUGCUCUGCACUGCUUCAAUACUAAAUCUAUGUGCUAUCAGCAUCGACAGGUACAUAGCAGUAGUAGUGCCUCUGAAAUACAACAGGAACCAGUUUAGUGUUCGUCAGCUGGCCUUGAUCACAGCCACAUGGGUGCUGUCCCUGGGUGUGGCGAGUCCAAUAUUCAGCCUGAACCAGGUGCCCAACAGAAACAAGGACAUAUGCAAACUGGAGGACGACAAGUUUGUGGUGUACUCCUCGGUGUGCUCAUUCUUCGUGCCCUGCCCUGUCAUGCUCCUGCUCUACUACUGGAUGUUUCGUGGCUUGAAGCGCUGGAGCUCCGGCCGCAGCCGCUCACACCUGAACCGGGUCCCUAGAGGGCGCCACAGCCUGUCCCUGCGCCUGGGGGAUGCACUGCAGAGGGAGAAAGGCCGCAGCAGGGAGAAAGUGGAGUAUCUCAUGCCAGGUGGCCUCAGCCCCGCCUUCUUCCCCACCACACCAGCUAGCCCGCUGUCGCCCGCCAACCUGGCAACCGCAACCAUGGACGAGCAGGGAGACGGACAGACCCCGGCGGCCAAGAAUGACCCGAUGACCAUGCAGAUGGACAGCGCAUCAGAAGUGGAGAACGUAGAGAAGGCUACUGAGAGCGGGAGUGUGCGGGAAAACGGGCUGGUGAAGAACCAGGAGGUGCGGAGAGGGCGUCGCCAUAGCAAGAGUAGCAGAGUAAGCGGGCGAGAACGUAAAGCCAUGAAGGUGCUGCCCAUCGUUGUGGGUGUGUUCCUGGCAUGUUGGACGCCCUUCUUCGUAGUGCAUGUGACAAAUGUACUAUGUGAGUCAUGUGACAUUGGACCAACACUGAUCAGUGUGGUCACAUGGCUUGGUUAUGUCAACAGUGCUGUCAACCCCAUCAUCUACACUGCCUUCAACGCUGAAUUCAGGAAUGUCUUUCACAAACUCCUGUGCUGUCACUCAGGAGACUAGCUCUACGCAUACUGGCCAUAUCACACAGGUCGAAUGCAUGGUGUUCCUUGGUCAUGAUCCAAAAUGAAGAUAAAUAUCUGUGAAGCUUUUAGAGAAUGCCUUGAUACCGUCCACCUGAUCACUCCUUGCAGUGCUAUGGCACUUUUGGGAGACUGAUUCAUCUCUCAUAAUGAAUUACUGCCUGAUUACUACAAGUUUCAGAGAACAAGACUGAACACAGGAGUUUGUGAUAAGGAAACAUUACUGAGGCCUUAGUUGACAAAACUGAUGAGACUUUUUCUUGUAAAAUUGUUGCUUAAUUAAAAUAGAUUACUGACUACUAUUAUAGCCCAGAGGCAUAAAAUAUGUGAAAAUGUGUGCAUUUGAAAUGACAGUUGUGUGUGACUAAUAUGUGAUAGUUAUCUGUGUCGGUCUCCACCACAGCCUUCAGAGGCUCCCAUAUAGUCCACAGUUUUGCUCUGCCCCAGCUCUGAGCACAACUGUAGCAGGCACCAAGGAUCUUGAUUGCAUGGCUCAGGUAUGUCAGUAGCUGGGAGGUGUGGUAUCGCAAACAUGUGGACAGGUUGGGGGUCCAAAUGGACCUUAAUAGACACUAAUUUAUGUUCAUUUCACAAAUGUCAAUUAUCUCAUUACUUAUAUACAGAUACUUUCUAUAAAGAUCUGACAAGCAGCUUUUAAAAGAACAUAAGAAUGAACACUUUUUAAACUUACAAGAUGCCUCAUCUUGACAUUAUAAAAGUUUUAGAUUGAAGAUAUAAUCUAACUCCACUGGGAAGUCUUGAGAGAAAACGUAGCAACUUCACUUCUGAAGCUUUGUCUGUUUAACUUGGAAAGAUCUAACUCAGACCUGUUUUAAUGAGUGAGGAUCAAUGGCCUGUAUAUAGGACAAGUUAACCCAGUGGCUUUUUUAAUCCCAGUGUACAAUUCUCACUCAUUAAAUUCACUAAGAUAUCCAGGCUGUGGAAUAUGUAUUUGUAGUGAGCCUCCAUGCUGGCUUGUGUAGUAACUUUGAAGGUCAUGGCUGUUAUCAAAAUCAAGUUUUUGCUCAUAUGAUUAACAAAUAGCUGUGCUGAUAUUCUGUGAAGAAGCUAUAGUGGAAAGCGUUCUGCUCAACAUAACAAAGGGAAAUAUGUGCUGCUUUAUCCAAAGGUUUGGUUCCACUCAAGCUGUACACAUGUAACUAUUUAACUAUUCAUAAUAAAUGUCAACUUCCAACUGU